GAACUCACUCACAGGCUGCCUUGUUGAGAUGGCAAGCAUUUAAUGGUUAGUUUCUGUUCGCUUCUUUCAUCACAAAUGCACUCACCUACUAUCUCUCUCUCUGUUUCACGCACACACUCGCUUCUCCUCUCUCUCUCUAGAAUCAUCCAUCACUGCCACCCGCUGAUCAACCGCCGCAGCAGUUUCUCCUCCCUUCCGGCCGACCCGCGCCGCCGCUCCAGCUCCACCACACUUCUCUGUAGCUAAAUGUGCUCCCAUCUCUCUCUCUAUGCAGUGCUAAUUGCUUCUCUUGUUUCCACUACAGCACAAUGCGCCUCCUUAAAGCCCUAAUUUAGUCUACGCUAAGCGAAUUUCUUGAAAUUUGAUUUGCUUCUUGUGUCUAUAAACCCUAACUGUUUGUGGCCGAUAAUGUCUGAGCCGCCGAUGGUGAAUUCGAUCAAUUUUACCGAAUCUGAGGCUCGGCCGGUGCUUGGACCAGCAGGAAAUAAAGCUAGAUCUGUUGAAUUGAGAAAACCAGCUGUGAAGCCGAAGAGUGUGGAUACACAGAAGCCUCCGGCCACCGGCGAGGCGAAGGGGAACAGGUCUCCGGCGGCAUUGAAGUCGCCGCGGAUGAUUGCGGAUAAAAUUCCGUCGCCUGUGGGAUCCAGGAAGAAUGUAGGUGGUGCUGCGUCGAUUCUGAGGCAGCGCCAGCAGAACUUGUCGAUGAAUGCUUCGUGUUCUUCGGAUGCUUCUACGGAGUCCUCUCAUAGCAGGGCGUCGACGGGGAGGGUUUUCCGACGAACUGCAAAUUCUGCACCAACUAUAAAGAGGAAGACGCAAUGCGGCUCGAGAGGGGAGAGAUUUGAGAUGGUGGAAGGAUAUGUGAGAAGUGUUGGGAGUGAGAGUGAUGAUGCAUCAUUGGAUGGUUCUUUGGUUAAAAAAAGGUGUGCUUGGGUAACUUCAAACACUGAUUCACUGUAUGCUGCUUUUCAUGAUGAGGAAUGGGGUCUUCCAGAGCACGAUGACAAGAAACUCUUUGAACUGCUUAGCUUUUCCACAGCAUUGGCUGAAAUAACAUGGCCUGUUAUUCUCUGCAAAAGGCAUAUAUUCAGAGAUGUCUUCGUGAACUUUGAUCCAAUAGCUGUGUCAAAAUUAAAUGAGAAGAAAAUCGCUGCACCAGGAGGUCCUGCCAGCUCUCUUCUGUCUGAAAUGAAGCUGCGAGCUAUAAUUGAAAAUGCACGUCAGUUUUGUAAGAUAAUUGAUGAAGUGGGGUCUUUCGACAAGUACAUCUGGGGUUUUGUGAACCACAAACCUACUGUUAGUAAUUUUCGUUAUCCUCGUCAAGUUCCAAUUAAGACAUCGAAAGCAGAUACCAUAAGCAAGGACCUUGUGAGAAGAGGAUUCCGUGGAGUUGGACCUACAGUCGUCUACUCGUUUAUGCAAGUUGCUGGGAUCACAAACGACCAUCUCACCAGUUGUUUCAGAUAUGACGACUGCAUACAUGCAGUUGAUUUGAAAGAGACAAACGAGGUUACAUGCAAGAAUGAAGAGAAUGUAGCUGACGAUCUUGUUCAAUUUGAAUUGUCCAGAGACAUCGAUGCUUUGAAUCUGUAAUCUGUCAUAUGAAGGGUUUAGUUUCCCAAAAUUGGAUCGGCUAUUGCAGAGAGAUUUAUGUACAAAUCUUGAUAAAUUAUUUUGUUCUUUUCUUGUAGAUUGCAUUAUAGCACUACAUGUAUGUAUAUGCAGGAGAAUAAACCUCUCCUGCUUCUUGCUUCAA